CCAUAGCCGACAGCCCGAGUCGCGCCAGGAGACGAAGCGGAAGUCCCGCGAACCCUCCUACAACUCCAGCGAGGGAAGCGCGGCGUCAUGGCCGCCAGCAAUCACGAUGGCGCAGCUUCAGCUCCAGCGGCCUCUGACGGUUGUGUUAGCAACAGCACAAAAUCAGGAGAGGAGCUGGUAGUCCAGGUUCCUGUGUUGGAUGUGCAAAGUGACAACUUCAAGGAGAUGUGGCCAUCCCUCCUGCUGGCCAUUAAGACAUCUAGCUUUGUGGCUGUGGACACAGAACUGAGUGGACUUGGGGACAGAAAGAGUUUGCUGAACCAGUGCAUCGAGGAACGUUACAAGGCCGUGUGUCAUGCUGCCAGAACCCGUUCUAUCCUCUCCCUGGGCCUCGCCUGCUUUAAGCAGCAGCCAGAAAAGGGUAAACACACCUAUUUGGCCCAAGUGUUCAAUCUCACCCUGCUGUGCAUGGAAGAAUAUGUCAUAGAACCAAAGUCUGUGCAGUUCCUGGUACAGCAUGGCUUUAACUUCAACCGGCAGUAUGCCCAAGGCAUCCCCUACCAUAAAGGAAAUGACAAGGGUGAUGAGAGCCAGAGCCAGUCAGUACGGACACUGUUCCUGGAGCUAAUUCGGGCCCGCCGACCUCUGGUACUACACAAUGGCCUUAUAGACUUGGUAUUCCUAUACCAGAAUUUCUACGCACACCUGCCCGAGAGCCUGGGAACCUUCACGGCUGACCUGUGUGAGAUGUUCCCAGCAGGCAUUUAUGACACCAAAUAUGCUGCUGAGUUUCAUACCCGCUUCAUGGCCUCCUACUUAGAAUAUGCCUUCCGGAAAUGUGAGCGGGAAAAUGGGAAGCAGCGGACAGCUGGUGGCCCACACCUUACCCUGGAGUUCUGCAACUAUCCUUCUAGCAUGAGGGCCCAUAUUGACUACCGUUGCUGCAUGCCCCCUGCAACCCACCAACCCCAUCCAACCAGCAUCUGUGACAACUUCUCGGCCUAUGGCUGGUGCCCCCUGGGACCACAGUGUCCUCGGUCCCAUGAUAUUGACCAUAUCAUUGACACUGAUGAGGCUGUGAUGGAGGACAAGCAGCGACGGCGACGACGAAGGGAAAAGCGGAAGAGGGCUUUGUUGAGCCUGUCUGGAACACAGACCUCUGGGGAAGCCGAAGAGGAUCCUCCCACGAAGCAGGUCUGUGGGGAUAGCCUCAAGACUGAGGAAAUUGAGCAGAAAGUGGCUGAGGAUGAAACUGGGUGCCAGCCUGGCUCUGAGCAAGGCCACAAAACUGACUUGGAGAUGGACCUAAAGGCAUCAAGGCCUGAAACAGCUGAUGUGCCUACCUCGGAAGUGUCAGAGAAUCAAGCUGGUCCUAAUCCAGUGCCUGGAGAUGGAUUGCAUCGGGCUGGUUUCGAUGCCUUCAUGACAGGUUAUGUGAUGGCCUAUGUGGGUGUGAGCCAGGGACCCCAGCCCUGCAGCUCUGGACCUUGGCUACCUGAAUGUCACAACAAAGUAUAUCUGAGUGGCAAAGCUGUACCCCUCACAGUGGCCAAGAGCCAGUUCUCCCGUUCCUCCAAAGCCCACAACCUGAAGAUGAAGCUGGCUUGGGGCAGCAGCUGACCUGACUUCUGCCUAACUCAGAGCCUAGAAAGAGAAGCUGAAGGUAAAACAGAAGCGUUUGGUGCCUCUAGCCUGUGAAUGCCAUACACUGCAUUGCUUCUGGACUUUCUUCUUUGUCCCAGAGGCUGAAGCACAAGGGUACAAGUAAGAAAGCUGACCAGCACCUGUAACACCAACUUUAUUUAUUUUUUAAAUCUGAAAAUGUCUUGGGAAAGUUUUACAAAAAAAUCAACAGAAACAAGUUAUGAAAAUAUUUGA